CACAGCGCACAGGUUGGGCCUUGACGUUGUCGCCGCCGCCGCCGCCGCCGCCGCCGCUCGCUGUGUUCCUCUGCUUCGGCCUUUGCUGCCACUGCCGCUGGCCCCAGUGAAGAGGACCCUUCCGCACCGCCCCGGCCCCGGCCGCUCCCUGUCCCCGCCACCUCCUCGUCUUCCACCGGGCCGCGCUCGGGCCUGACGAGACCAUGUCCUGACUGAGGCGGAGGCGGAGGCGGCCACAGCGGGCGCGGGCCCGGGCCCAGGCCCAGGUCCAGGGCGGGCGAGGCGCGGAGGGGAGAAGCCGGGGCCGAGCGGGCCCGCAGCUCCGCGGGACAAGCCACCGCCGCCGCCUCCGCCCCCAGAUGAAACCAGUUGCAGAAACAGUCUCUGCCCUCAAGGAGCUUACAUUCUUCUAGGGGGAUACAACAUGUAAACAGAUAAGUAAAUACAAGAUAAUUUGAACAGAGAGAUAAUUAACUAAUACAUGGGAUAUCAGGAAAGUUGUUAUAUAGGGGAUGGUCUAAACCUGAUCUAAACUUUAAGGGAUUGAGGGGAUUCUGAGAGGUGGAGGUGAAAGAGGAAAAGUAUUUAGACUUGGGGGAUAUUCAGCCUGUGCUGUGCUGGGAAGAGCAAGGAAGCUAGAUGGGCCAGAAUGUAUAUAGAAUGUAAGAAGGGAGAAGGAAGCCUGGAAUCUGAUGAGAGAGGGCUUUCAGUGUAGUUCAGGAAUUUGUGUCUCACACUAGGGGCCACUGGAGGUUUUUUAGGAGAGGAGUGAUGUGACCAUGUCUAUAUGUUAGGGAAAGAGUGUGGCUGUCUCAUUAAAGACCUUAAUCAAGAGGUGUUGAUCUUAAAUAGGGAUGGAUAUUUGAAAAGAUACGGAGGUUGAAAGUUUGGGGGGGGGAUGAAUUUUGCUUUGGACAUGCUAAAUUGGAAAAGAAGCACUCAGGAUACAUCCAUCUGGAAGUUGAUGUUGUGAGAGAAGAGAUUUUGGAAGGGAUAGUUAACUCUGGAUAUAUAGAUUUUGGAGGGACAGUUUUUGGUGGAUAGGAUGAGUUCCAUUUUAGGUUGAUUUUUACAUUGGUAUUAUGUUGAAUUGGGAUAUUUAGCUUGUGGUUGGAACUUUGCUAGGCAAAAGUAAAGUAUGGAGAGACAUUUUUGGAGGACUAAGCCAUUUGUUUAAUGGCUCAGUUAGUAAUGGUGAGUGUUGAGGAAAAGCAGAAUUUAUCAUUUAUAAUUUUGAAAACUUACCUUUUGGUUUUAAAAUAAAAUCAUUGACAUACGGUAUGCAGUGAGCAUUAUCAGACUACAGAAUUUUAACAUCCCUGAAGAUUCAUUUACCUUAGGAUGUCUCUGCCUGAUAUAAUAGGAGCUCCUUGAGUGCAGGGAUAGGUUUCUGAUUUUUGUCUAGUUUAAUCCUAACACUUAACUCUGUGUCUGGCAUUUUUUUGGACCAGAGCCUAUGAUUUUAUUGAAUGGAUGGAAUAAGCAUUUAUAUAGUGUCUAUUAGGUGCUAGUUACUGUGCUAAGCACUUUUCAGAUAUUCCAUUUGAUCCUUACAGCAACCCUGGAUCACAAGUGCUGUUAUCAACAUUUUACAAAUGAGGAAACUGAGGCAGAGGGGAGCUGUGGGACUCUUUGCCCUAGGUCACACAGCUAAUGCUUGAAGUUGGAUUUGAAUGCAGGGAUUUCUGACUCUAGAUCUAGCUCUUUGGGUACUCUGGUACCCCCAAUUACCUUACUAGUAUUGGAAGAAAUGUCGUUCCUAGCACUUAUCUACCAGGAAACCUUAGAACAAUGUGCCUAGUGGUCCAUUGGGUGUGUCAGAGGCUGAUCAGGUUUUUAAUUCUAAUUUCCAAGGAGUUAAAUGGAGAACAGAACAUGUUUACUAUUUUGAAGAGCAUUCAGAUUAUCACUACCCUAGUCUUCAUUCUGCUUGUAGCAUCUGUGUUUGGCAAAAGAUAGCCCCUGCCUUCAAGGAGCUUGUAGUCUAAUGGGGGAGACAACAUGCAAACAAAUAUCUACAAAGCAAGCUACAUGUGGGAUAAAUAGGAAAUAAUCAACAGUGUUUGACUCUGCUCCAGGUCAAAGGGAUAAAGAAUGAGAGCCUCGACAGAGAUUAGGAGAGAUAUUUACCUGACAUUUCUAAGAGCCAAAACAGCCUCUUCACAGAGACCCCGUGAGCUUCCUGCCUGACAUAAUUCACUUCAAGAAGUGCACAAUGUCAGAACGUGGAAUUAAGUGGGCUUGUGAGUAUUGUACCUAUGAAAAUUGGCCAUCUGCAAUCAAGUGUACCAUGUGUCGUGCCCAAAGACCAAGUGGAACAAUUAUUACUGAAGAUCCAUUUAAAAGUGGUUCAAGUGAUGUUGGUAGAGACUGGGAUCCUUCUGGUACUGAAGGAGGAAGUAGCCCUUUGAUAUGUCCAGAUUCCAGUGCAAGACCAAGAGUUAAGUCUUCGUACACUGUGGAAAAUGCUAAUAAGUGGUCAUGCCAUAUGUGCACAUAUUUGAACUGGCCGAGAGCAAUCAGAUGUACCCAGUGCUUGUCCCAGCGUAGGACCAGGAGUCCCACAGAAUCUCCUCAAUCCUCAGGAUCAGGCUCAAGGCCAGUUCCUUUUUCAGUUGAUCCUUGUGAGGAGUACAAUGAUAGAAAUAAACUGAACACAAGGACACAGCAUUGGACUUGUUCUGUUUGCACAUAUGAAAACUGGGCCAAGGCUAGAAAGUGUGUUGUUUGUGAUCAUCCCAGACCUAACAACAUCGAAGCUAUAGAAUUGGCAGAGACUGAAGAGGCUUCUUCACUAAUCAAUGAACAAGACCGAACUCGGUGGAGAGGAGGGAGUUGCAGUGGUGGAAAUGGCCAGAGAAGGUCUCCUCCCAUACCUCAGCGGGACUCUGAAAUGAACAUGGAUUUUCAGAGAAUAGAAUUAGCUGGUGCUGUUGGCAGCAAAGAGGAACUUGAAGUCGACUUCAAAAAGCUAAAGCAAAUUAAAAACAGAAUGAAAAAGACUGAUUGGCUAUUCCUCAAUGCUUGUGUGGGAGUUGUGGAGGGUGAUUUAGCGGCUAUAGAAGCAUAUAAAUCAUCAGGGGGAGACAUUGCACGUCAGCUUACUGCAGAUGAAGUCCGCUUACUGAACCGCCCCUCGGCCUUUGAUGUUGGGUACACUCUGGUACAUCUGGCAAUCCGUUUUCAAAGGCAGGAUAUGCUAGCAAUACUGCUUACAGAGGUGUCUCAGCAUGCAGCCAAGUGCAUCCCAGCAAUGGUGUGUCCUGAGCUGACAGAACAAAUCCGGCGUGAGAUUGCGGCCUCUCUCCAUCAGCGAAAGGGUGACUUUGCCUGCUACUUUCUAACAGACCUUGUUACGUUCACAUUACCUGCAGACAUUGAAGACUUGCCUCCCACAGUACAAGAAAAAUUAUUUGAUGAAGUGCUUGACAGGGAUGUUCAGAAAGAGUUAGAAGAAGAAUCUCCAAUUAUAAACUGGUCCUUGGAAUUGGCUACCCGCUUGGACAGUCGACUCUAUGCACUUUGGAAUCGAACUGCAGGGGACUGCUUGUUGGACUCAGUGCUGCAGGCCACAUGGGGCAUCUAUGACAAGGACUCAGUGCUUCGGAAAGCCCUCCAUGACAGCCUCCACGACUGUUCGCAUUGGUUUUACACACGUUGGAAAGAGUGGGAGUCGUGGUAUUCACAGAGCUUUGGUUUACAUUUUUCCCUCAGAGAAGAACAGUGGCAGGAAGAUUGGGCAUUUAUCCUCUCUCUUGCUAGUCAGCCCGGAGCAAGUUUGGAGCAGACACACAUUUUUGUACUUGCACAUAUUCUUAGACGACCAAUUAUAGUUUAUGGAGUAAAAUAUUAUAAGAGUUUCCGGGGAGAAACUUUAGGAUAUACCCGUUUUCAAGGUGUGUAUUUGCCUCUGCUCUGGGAACAGAGUUUCUGUUGGAAAAGCCCCAUUGCUCUGGGCUACACGCGGGGCCAUUUCUCGGCCCUGGUUGCCAUGGAGAAUGACGGCUAUGGCAAUCGAGGUGCUGGUGCUAACUUGAACACAGAUGAUGAUGUGACCGUCACUUUUUUACCUUUGGUUGAUAGUGAGAGGAAGCUAUUACACAUACAUUUUCUCUCUGCUCAAGAGCUCGGCAAUGAGGAGCAGCAAGAGAAGUUGCUCCGCGAGUGGCUGGACUGCUGCGUGACGGAGGGCGGCGUGCUUGUUGCCAUGCAGAAGAGCUCUCGCCGGCGGAACCACCCCUUGGUCACGCAGAUGGUGGAGAAGUGGCUUGACCGCUACCGACAGAUCCGGCCCUGCACGUCCCUAUCGGACGGAGAGGAAGAUGAAGACGAGGAGGACGAGUGAUGCGGUCGGCGGCCGGGGAGUGAACUAUCCACGCCAAGGGAUUGGUGAAUGCCCCAAGCUUGGGGUCGAGCCACCGUGCGAGCGGUCAGUCACUACGGGAUGAACUAGCGGCGGCCAGCAGACCGACCCCUGCUGCCGUCCGUCCCAGGGAUUUUCUGAUCCAGACACCAGGGAGAGAACAGAAGUGCUCAGCUGCUGUGCGAACAGAGAACUCUGCUUGGACUACAGUUUGUAAAAAGCUAAUUUUAUUAUCAAGACAGAACAUUUUGUUUUUUUCCUUUCAAAUUGUAAAUCUGUCUAUAAAUGUACCGCAUGUGGUUGUGUAAUAGGAAAAGUUGUACCAGCAUCUUCAAAUGAUCGAGAAAUUUCUGUUCAAUAAGGGCACUUACAAAGCACAUAGUAGAGGGAGUUGUUCCUUUUAUGGUAGAAUUGACAUUCUACGUCACUUUUUAAACAUUCUGACACACUAAAAGAUCAUUUUGUCUUCUGUUCUGCUGGUGUCACAGUCAGAUAAUAGGAGGAUUUUAUUCCCACAGAUUAUCCACAGCAAAAUACAAACAAGUUGAUUGGAUUUUUUUUAAGUUCCUGCUGUGCCCAGGGUAAUCAAUAAAAAUCUUUAAGGAACUAUGGAAGAAAAGCCAAAUUCCCCAUGGACUGAACUUUAUACACUAUUCCCCCCUUUCUCCAGCUUUCCAUUCUUUCAUUGUUUUCAGUUUUCUGAAGGAGACUUUUUUCCCUCCUUUCAGUCUACACAGUACUUAUUUAUUUGUUUGGCAUAGUGACCUAAAAUUAGGGUUCUUAUUCCAAAUGUUUGGGAAAGCCCCAUCAUUGAGUUGGCUCAUCCCUGAACAUUAGGCAAGCACUUGGGAAAUAGCCAGUCCGAUGAUGGGCUGCGGUCCAUUGUGUACCCAAUGAAUUGUGUGAGGUUUUUGCUAACUCAGACUCGAUGGAGGAUUUCAUGCCUCUCAGAUCAGCACUGUAAAAGGCACAGCAGAGCGUUUUUUAAGCUACUCUGAUUCUUCCUGUCUUUUACCCUCUGGGGCUCUAAGGUAAACCUGUUGGAAACGGGGCAUGCCUUUGUCUAGGCAGGUGGGGACACUGUUGGCAGUUGAGAAUAAAGAUUUUUAAAAGAGUCAGAUGGUUGAAAUGCACUGUACGAUGAAUUUCUCAGUAGAGACCUUUGGGAUGGUCUUGCAUGUUGAUUGAUGUGCCAUUCCUUUUAAGUUUUUUUUUUUAAGUAUAAGUUCAAAGUAUAUUCUUUAGUAGAAAACCCUUGCAAAGGGCCGACACUUAGCUAUACAGAUAGUAUUGGGUCAAGUUUCAUUCCAAAACAGCUGAAAAAAAAGGUUAGUGUUAUGAGCACUUUGAAAACUGGUGGUGGUGUGGGUGAUUGUAGAAGAUCUUUUAAAUUAGAAUUUGGAAAGAAGACUCAGAGGAAAUUCUUCUUCCUUCCCCUGCCCAACUCUGUAGCUUAAAGCCUGUGAAAACCCUCAAGAAUUUGCUGCUCUAGGUGUGGAAGUGUGUACAACUUCUAGGUCUGUCCUAUCGACCAAACGCCCAAAUUAGGUUCUCAUGUUGUACCGUUGUUUCCGCUCUCUAGUCCCAACCUUCCCAACCCCAUUCAUUUCUAGUCACUACAGUUUUUUUUUUCUGAAUGAAAUGUGUGUUCACACGACUAAUAAGUCUCCUUUGGUGCUUGCUUGAAACCACAGGCAAAGUGACAGAUGCUUCUUUGCAGGACUUGUGGCUUCCCCAAGUUAAAGGACACAGACACGGGACAGGCUCCAACGAAUGUCCAGUCUUUCUCUUUUUUACUCCAAAAUGGAAAGCAUUCGUUUUCUUACAAAGCAAUCUUCAUAUGCAACCUUGACCAAUGGAUAGAUUGGAGAACAAAUGCUUUCCCUACUACGUUGAGCUAUUCGUUGGUAAUCCAAGAAAGCAUUUUUUCCAAGGACUUUGUUAGUCUUUUUUUCCUCCAUAGGAUCAGUGUUCCUUAUCUAAAAAAUUAGAUGCCUAAUGUGACACUUCUUGGUGUACUCCUUCUGUAGGCAGACAUCCAUCCAUCCUGAUGCUGUCUUUGUUGGAAGCAGAGACUACCCUCCAAAUUGGAGAUGCCAGAAAUAAAACGUUUUGAGAAAAAAACUGUGUUAUCACUGUAGUUCUAUACUCAGACCUACCAAGGAAAAGCUAGGUCACCAUCGCUCCUAGAAUCGGCAAGACUCGCCAGAGUGGCUCUGGCAAGCUUUUCUGCUGGGGAGUCCAGUUGUUUACUAUUUGAUUACAGAUGAAUGACCCUAGAAAUAUAGCUAGCAUUGCUAGUACCACAUGUAAAGAAAUUUCCCUAUGGGAAUUAAUUGCUGGCUCUACUGUUCCAUGCUUCUAGCUUGUUACGGGGCUUUUAGAUGGUUUCUCCACAGUGGGUUGGCUGAUUCAGGGUAAAAAAUGUUUAUUUUGAAACAAUGAAAAUGAACCCUGUGGGUAAAUUAGAUUUAUGCUAACUAGCUUAUUUCUAAUAACCACGAUUUACAGGAUGAGCUUUUUAACUUUGUAAGAUGUGCUCUCUUUGUCAGCAUCUUUCCAAAGGGCUUCUCUACAGAAUUAGCCACGGUGGCUUCCUCUCGUCCCCAUCCCUGGUCCCCCUGCUUUAAAGACUCUGUGCCUGGCCACUGAAGCUGGAGCAGCCCUUGGAGAAGCAUCGUGCUACUGGUCAGUCAAGACUGCUGGGGAUGGGACACUGAAUGGAUCCUCCCAUAUACUGCUCGUUGGGUUGAACAAAGAGGUGCUCGUGAAGCCUGGCCCAGAGGAGAUUCUCCAUAACUGGCCGCCCCACACGAGGGGCCUUAGUUUAGUGGCUUAGUAGGUGCGACCCUUCGGGAAAUUGCCCAUGCUCGUAUUGUCGAGGACUUUGUAUUUGUGUUAUGGAUGUUACGUUACAACCCCAGCUGUAGAGUUUAGACCACAAGGAUGAUGCUAGCUUGAUGUUUUGGCAAAAUGAUUCUUUUGAGGGAGAAGCACAUUUAAAAAAUGAGUGUAUGUAUUGGGAUACCUGAGGUCACUGUCUAGGGAGCCACCAACACACACACACCAUUCCAUCAAUGCCAUGUCGCUUCCCCUAAAGUAUUUAGAAAUCCAUUUUCCUGGAAGAAAAAUGGCCCCCGAUAGAUCUUGAGUCAUUUUGAUAAUAAAUGGUGGAUGAUAAAGUA